AUGAAGCUCUCAAGCAUCUUCGGCCUUGUGGUCGCCGCCUUGACCGUGGUUGGCUCUACCAUCGUUUCCGCCAAUACAGGAUUUACGUACAAGGUCAUGGCAGCUUUGCAAGCUCGAGGUGUUCCGCGUCACGAGAUCGAGGAAAUCGUCAAAGUCAUUCCACGUGACACCAUCACCGUGACCACUACUCCUACCGGCUGCGCUCCCUAUGGUCCACCAGCUGUCCCUCUUACCUACCCCACCACCGAGACCACUGAAGGCACUACCACCACCUCGGUCACUAGCACGGCAACUUUGACUUCUGUCACCACCCCUGAGACCACCUCCACCUCCAUCGUCAAUACUGAGACUCCCACCGAGACUCCAGGUGUUCCGGGCACUUUGUCUGUUGCAACUACUCCGAUCACUUCCACUACUGCAAUUGAGAGUAGCACAAUCCCUACUUCCGAGUCCACCACUCCUGUCGAGACUUCCACCUCAAGCACUGUUGUCGAGACUACCUCAUCCACCACUAGUGUUGCCACUACAACCUCGUCUCGUGCUACGGUCACUCCAACCACCAGCACCGGACUUCCAUUGGCUCCCAACAAGGGUGCUGGCAAUGCUGGUGUCAAUGUCGGCUUGCUUGGAUUUGUGGCUAUGUUGGCUUUUGCCUGA